CUUCGAGGAGCCUCUGCGGGCUGUGGUUCGUUUGUUGCCAGUCGCCGCUGCUGCGGGCGCGGGGCGGCGGCUUCUCCCCGCCAAGGAUGGAGAGAGCCAUGGAGCAGCUCAACCGUCUCACCCGGUCCCUGCGCCGUGCCCGCACCGUCGAACUACCCGAGGAUAAUGAAACUGCAGUCUACACUUUAAUGCCAAUGGUAAUGGCUGACCAGCACAGAUCUGUCUCAGAGCUGCUGUCAAAUUCAAAGUUUGAUGUCAAUUACGCAUUUGGAAGAGUGAAGAGGAGCUUGCUUCAUAUCGCAGCUAAUUGUGGGUCAGUUGAAUGCUUAGUUCUAUUGUUAAAGAAGGGUGCAAACCCCAACUACCAAGAUAUUUCUGGAUGUACUCCACUUCAUUUGGCUGCCAGAAAUGGCCAGAAGAAAUGUAUGAGCAAACUACUGGAAUAUAGUGCUGAUGUCAACAUUUGUAAUAAUGAAGGCCUCACAGCAAUCCAUUGGCUUGCUGUUAAUGGACGAACAGAAUUGCUUCAUGAUCUUGUACAGCAUGUUACCAAUGUAGACGUUGAAGAUGCAAUGGGGCAGACAGCACUUCAUGUGGCAUGCCAAAAUGGCCACAAGACGACAGUUCAGUGUCUUUUAGACAGUGGUGCAGAUAUUAACAGGCCCAAUGUUUCAGGAGCAACUCCACUCUACUUUGCUUGCAGCCAUGGCCAAAGAGACACUGCACAGAUCCUUCUGAUGAGAGGAGCCAAAUAUUUGCCAGACAAAAAUGGAGUCACACCACUUGAUCUCUGUGUACAGGGUGGCUAUGGAGAGACAUGUGAAGUUCUAAUACAGUAUCAUCCUAGGCUUUUCCAAACGAUUAUUCAGAUGACACAAAAUGAAGAACUCAGAGAAAGCAUGUUGCGACAGGUUUUAGAACACUUAUCUCAGCAGAAUGAAAAUCAGUACCUUAAAAUCUUGACUAGCCUUGCUGAGGUGGCUACAACAAAUGGUCAUAAACUCCUCAGCUUAUCAAGUAAUUAUGAAGCUCAAAUGAAGAGUCUGUUGAGAAUCGUGAGGAUUUUUUGUCAUGUCUUUCGCCUUGGCCCAUCCACUCCUAAUAAUGGAAAUGACAUGGGGUACAAUGGAAAUAAAACUCCAAGAAGUCAGGUGUUCAAGGUCAGAAAAAUAAUUGACGUUACUAGGAAGAUAGACCUUAAGGAGAUGAAUUUUACAAAGCAUGCAUUCAUUAAUCAAGCAUCUCAUGAGGAGGAUCCUCUGGAAUUACUCUGGCAUUCAUUAGAUGAAUGGUUAGCUCUAAUAUCAGCAGAACUGAUGAAAAACAAACAGAGCUCUGCCAAUAUCACUUCUAUUUUACUGAAGCAAAAAGGACCAAAUCAACAAGAUGGCACCACUACCCAUAUUUUUGAUGUUGCUCCAUCCGAAAAGAGCAAAGCACUUUCUGCAGAUACAGGGGGCACUAAAAUGUAUGAAGCUGGCAAUACACAAGAAGCUUAUGCAGAUUAUCAGGAUGUUAUUUCUGUGACAGCAAACCGGCUGAGUGCUGUCAUUCAAGCGUUUUAUAUGUGUUGUUCCUGUCAGAUGCCGCAGGGAAUGACAUCUCCUCGCUUCAUAGAGUUUGUCUGCAAACAUGACAAUGUUCUUAAAUGCUUUGUUAACCGAAAUCCAAAAAUUAUAUUUGACCACUUCCAUUUUCUUCUCGAAUGUCCUGAGCUCAUGUCCAGAUUCAUGCACAUCAUAAAAGCACAGCCUUUUAAAGAUCGCUGCGAGUGGUUUUAUGAGCAUUUGCAUUCAGGGCAACCCGACUCGGACAUGGUGCAUAGGCCAGUCAAUGAAAAUGACAUUCUCUUGGUCCACAGAGAUUCUAUUUUUAGGAGCAGCUGUGAAGUUGUGUCUAAAGCAAAUUGUGCAAAGUUGAAACAGGGAAUUGCUGUGCGUUUCCAUGGUGAAGAAGGCAUGGGUCAAGGUGUAGUACGGGAAUGGUUCGAUAUCCUCUCCAAUGAGAUAAUUAACCCAGACUAUGCCCUUUUUACGCAAUCAGCUGAUGGAACCACCUUCCAGCCAAAUAGCAACUCUUCUGUAAAUCCUGACCACUUGAACUACUUUAGAUUUGCUGGACAAAUCUUGGGUUUAGCACUGAAUCACAAACAACUGGUCAACAUUUACUUCACAAGGUCAUUCUACAAGCAUAUCCUUGGUAUCCCUGUAAACUAUCAGGAUGUGGCAUCUAUUGAUCCAGAGUAUGCAAAGAACUUGCAGUGGAUUCUAGAUAAUGAUAUCAGUGAUUUGGGACUAGAACUGACCUUCUCAGUUGAGACAGAUGUAUUUGGAGCAAUGGAGGAAGUCCCUCUGAAACCAGGUGGUGCAAGUAUACUUGUCACACAGGAAAACAAAGCGGAAUAUGUCCAACUUGUUACUGAGCUUCGGAUGACGAGAGCCAUUCAGCCUCAGAUAAAUGCUUUUCUUCAAGGCUUCCAUAUGUUCAUUCCUCCUUCUCUGAUACAAUUAUUUGAUGAAUAUGAAUUGGAACUACUGCUCUCUGGCAUGCCAGAAAUUGAUGUGAGUGACUGGAUAAAAAAUACAGAAUAUACAAGUGGUUAUGAAAGAGAUGACCCAGUUAUUCAGUGGUUUUGGGAAGUUGUAGAAGAAUUGACUCAGGAAGAACGAGUGUUGCUGCUUCAGUUUGUCACUGGGAGUUCCAGGGUACCCCAUGGUGGCUUUGCUCAUAUCAUGGGUGGCAGUGGACUGCAAAAUUUCACAGUUGCUGCAGUGCCAUAUACACCAAAUCUUCUACCCACAUCAAGCACGUGUAUCAACAUGCUGAAGCUGCCUGAAUAUCCCCAGAAAGAAAUCCUUAAGGACAGGCUUCUUGUGGCAUUGCACUGUGGAAGCUAUGGGUAUACAAUGGCAUAAUGAAGUCAGACAAUUUCUCUGAUUACUGAUGUUCAGUUCAGAGUGGCAGAAGCAAUUUAGCAACCUAUCAAUAAGAUGGGGGUUGUUGCUGGAAAAGAGUCUUGAUUCUGCAAUCCUCAGGUAGGAUUGAUUUUCACAAGGAUCCAAUGUUUCUUCUUCCUGAAUGUCAUCCUGAGUAUGAGACAUGAGAUACUGCUUCAUGGGAUAAAUUCAAAGUGCAUUGUAACUUCAGUUUUGGAAAUGAUGUUUCUAUGUUAUUCUUCCAUCUUUCCUCAGUCCGAGGAAUUAUUUCCACCAUGACGCUAGAUGUUUUUAUUUUGAGAUGCGCAGCAUUUCGCAUACAAAGCCAAUUGCAGCUCGAAUUAUGCUGUAACACUUGUUGAAUCAGGGUUUCUGAAACUUGCCAAGCAGACCUUACGAUGCUGUCACCACAGAGCCGUGGUUUGCUCCAUUGAGUCAUAUGGCAAGUGUGGCCUUGCUGGAGCUGCAGAUUAAGAGCAGUCUGUGAGCCCCUGUGUUCAGUCCCGACUGUUCCACCGGAAGAAGAGAACAGUGCACGUCAGAAACUGGGGCAAGUCUGCAGCCACUGCCUUUAACUGCAGGUCAACCUUGCAUGCAAAAAGUGCCAUGUAUGUAUUUAUUUUUUUCCUUCAGGAGCAUUGUACAGACAGUUCAAAAUUAGUAUCAGAAAUACCAAAUGUGAUGUAUUCUUUUUCCUGCUUAACUUACUGAAAAAAAUACAAAGAGGUUUUUUAGCUUUAUAGUAUUUUCAUAUCUAAACAUUUGGAGUAUUCUUUGUCAGUAAAGAAGAAGUAAACUUCUCAAAAAAUAUACAUUUCAAAUAUGCAUCCAAUUUGACUGCUGCUGAAGUAUUUGUGACUUAAUGUCCCUUCAGAGAUUGUAUAUAUUUUGAAGGAAUAGAUCCUUUUAUUUGGGGGAUGCAUUUUCUCUCAUGUCUGAACUGUGUGAAAAGUAUGCAUUAAAAGUUUAUUAUAACUUAA